GGUGUCCCAUACAGGUGUAAGCGAGGACAGGCAGCGCUGACAACGCGACUCGAUAAGAAGCCAGAUAGCGCCAAGCAGCGACCAUUGCCGUCUGAAAGCCGCGUUGUGCUUUGGGUACGGCCCCAUCACCGGCGGAAAGUCAGACGAGGGCCACGCAUGCGCCCGCCCCGCCUUACCGCCGCCGAUGACGGAGACCGACGGCGCCUGGUGCCGCCAUGGCGGCCCGCGUGAUGAUGGCGCCGCUCAGACCGAAGCCCUUUAACAGACUGCAAGUAAUAUUACAGCAUUUGAAAACUUUUAAGCACACUGAUUCCACAGCUGAUGUUCUGUUGCAAAAGAAAGGAGGUGCAGGAAUAAUAACUUUGAACAGACCCAAGGUUCUCAAUGCACUAAGUCUGAGAAUGAUCCAACAAAUUUAUCCACAACUAAAGGCUUGGGAACAAGAUCCUGAAACUUUUCUAAUAAUUAUAAAGGGAACCGGAGAAAAGGCUUUUUGUGCUGGUGGUGAUGUUAGAGCUAUUGCAGAUGCAAUAAAAGCUGGAGAUAGAAUGACACAAGAUUACUUCAGAGAAGAAUAUACCCUGAACAACGCUGUCGGCACUUGCAAGAAGCCAUAUGUUGCCCUUAUUGAUGGCAUUACAAUGGGAGGGGGAGUUGGCCUCUCGGUCCACGGACAUUUCCGAGUUGCGACUGAAAAGACAGUUUUUGCAAUGCCAGAAACAGCAAUAGGCCUUUUCCCUGAUGUAGGUGGAGGUUAUUUCUUGCCAAGGCUUCCAGGAAAGAUUGGCUAUCUCCUUGCACUGACAGGAUUCAGGCUGAAAGGAAGAGAUGUGCUAAAAGCCGGCAUCGCCACGCAUUUUGUACAGUCAGACAAGCUACCUGACUUGGAGAAAGACCUGAUAGCAUUGAAAUCUCCUUCAAAAGAAAAUAUUGCGGAGUUGCUGAACUCUUACCACAAGCAGACCAAAAUUGACCAAGAAAAGGAGUUUGUCCUCGAUGAACAUAUGGAGAAGAUUAACAGUAUUUUUUCAGCCAAUAGGAUGGAAGACAUUGUUCAAAAGUUAAAGCAAGAUGGUUCUCCUUUUGCCAUGAAGCAGCUGGAGACUAUUAAUAAGAUGUCGCCUACAUCCCUAAAGCUGACUCUCAGACAGCUCAGAGAAGGUGCUUCCUUGAGUUUACAAGAGGUGUUCACGAUGGAGUACAGACUGAGCCAGGCGUGCAUGAGAGGCCAUGACUUCUAUGAAGGGGUUCGAGCAGUGCUGAUUGACAAGGACCAGUCCCCCCGCUGGAAGCCUGCUGCUCUGGAAGAAGUCAGCGAUGAAUUCGUGGACAGUUGUUUUAAGCCUCUGGGAAACAGCGAUCUCAAGUUGUAGAGAUCACGUCUAUGGACAUCUUAUACAUCUGCUUCAUUUUAUGAUAUAAAAACUAAUAACAGCACAGUGAAGUUUGAUGAGGCUCUAAGCCAGCAUGACUUGUAACUCUACUUUUCGCAUUCAGUACCAUUCCCUUUUGUUACGCAGCUGUAACGACAUGAUUACAUCUCUGGUUAACAAGGGGAAAAAUGAUUCUAGGGUAAACAGCUAUUCUGACUGCUAUCAAACAGUGAUUAAUGUUCAGCUUUAGGCCUCAGCCAUUGGGGGGAAUCUUGUCAGGAAACAGCGUGGCUCAGGGAUGGGCGGGAGUUGAGGAGCCCAUGGGGCUCAUGGCUCUGUUGUUGGGCUGUUGAAGUAGGAUUGAGCCUCUGAUUCUUCUCUGUGCAAUGAAAUUAAGAUAUACUUAAAGCAUUAAAACAGUCAGCUGCAAAGUUAAGUGGCAGACAUGCUAAUUUCACAGCGUUUAGUAGUCUUUUAAAUCAAAGGUCAGACUGACAUAUGAUUAUUAGUCUGAGAGCAAGGAAUUGUUCUAUUGAUUUAACAUUUGGUCUGUGUACAGCGUUGCCACGUGAUGCAGACAUUGUUUCAAAUAUCAUAAUAGUGCCAGAGCCUCAAGCACAUUUCUCUGUGCUUGUAAAAUGUAUUUAUGAAAAUGCCAUUGAUUGAAUUACAUAAUGAGCCUCAUGAUUUCAAGCAUUGCUGGAGCUUUUCCUGCUCUCCCCGUGGCGAAGUCUCUGUCUCCAGCCUCCUCUGGCUGCCAAGGAGCGUGUUGGUUGCUGGUGGUAGUGAGUGUCCACAGCGGUUCCAGUAGCAGUAGCCCUGAUACUCACGUGGCUGCAGUGUGGCUGCACCGGGCCAGCUGGCUUCUCUGCUUGUACCCAGCAGCAUCCUGAGCUGGAGCCAUCCCUGGGUGGGAAACUUGGGGCAGCAGGAGGAAUGCAGCAGGAUGCACCAAAGAUACAGAGUAGCUGCAGACAGAAUGCCUGCUGCACAGACCAUGAAGUUCUUUAACACAACGAAUCCUUGCAAGUGUAUCUGGGGGAUCAACACUGAAACAUUCAUUAAAAAAGAAACACUCAAUGUUCAUUGAAGUUCACUGCUUUCUGUUGCUAACAAUGAUUAAAGUUAUAUGAUAGAACCAGA